AAUGUGUGAAUUAGAUAUUUGGUGUUUGAGUAUGAAUCGUUAUAAACAUACGAUUAGAUGUUGAUGUUUCAGGCAUCAUCUAAUCCUUUGCAUUCCGGUCAUAAUUUUAAUAGAUAAUCGUGAAUUCCAGCAGUAGAUCGCGUGGCAAUCGAGUGUAUUUCGCGAGGGACCUUCGUUCAUGCUCGACUGCGCCUCUUUUUGUAAAUCAACGUCUGGCAUAAACUUGUUCAGUUCUGCGGUCGUGCUCUACAAGGUCUCGUAGUGAACGUAUCGUUUUGUGUCAGCAGUGAUUGGAUUGCAACAAGCAUGUGCUAAAAAUGUUUGAAGUGAAUUUUAUUAUAAUUAAAAAAAUUCGUGAUAUCAUCAACUACUUUAUCAGAAACCAAAUGAACCCGGAUUCUUAACAUCUGACCAACAAUACGUCACAUGUCGAAUGACGUUUUUUAUAGCUCGAGGAGUCGUGCAAAUCUAUGAGCGUGACAGAUGAGUUACGGUUCAGAUCAUGAUCGACUAUCAAGUGAUGAAGGCAACACUAGUUGGUUGUCUUAUUUUCACCUUUGCUCGCUCCCAAACAAACGACCUUGACUCGUCGAGUGAAUCUCUCCAACCUAAUUUACCGUAUUCUUGGAUUGGCUCGAAUGCACUUGCAAGAUUAGCGUUAGUAGAACGCCAAGAAAGACUACAAUUUCAUUGUGAGGAAAUAAUGACGAGAGAACAGCUUGAAGAACGUGUUUUAAUGCCGAAAGACUUCAAGAAUAUUCUUGUCAAUGAUAAACUAGGAUUGUUAUAUUGCUAUGUGCCAAAGGUAGCUUGUACCAACUGGAAGCGUGUGUUAAUGAUUGCGAGUGGCAAGUGGUUAGGGGACAAUCCUCUCGAGAUUCCCGGAGACAUAACACAUGCAGCUGGUACUUUUCAAAGACUGAGUAAUUUUACAAUGUUGGAGAUUGAACGUAAAUUAGCUAGCUAUGACACACUCAUAGUAGUUAGGCACCCAUUAGAAAGAUUACUCUCAGCGUACAGAAAUAAGCUUGAAAGUAAAAACGAGAAAGGUUCGAAAUAUUUUCAGAGUCGCUUUGGAAAAAAAAUAGUCCAGAAUUACAGGCAAAAUGCCACGCAAGAAUCUCUAAGUAAAGGCGAUGACGUUACGUUCAGUGAAUUUGUAGAUUUUAUCACUGAUAAGAAUGCAACAGGUACAAGCAAUGAACAUUGGAAGCCUAUUCAUGAGCUGUGUCUUCCUUGCAAAGUCAAUUAUAAUUUUAUAAGUAAAUACGAAACGUUAGCUGAAGAUGCAGCUGAAAUAUUAGAAAGAAUUGGUGCUGGAUCAAUCAUAUUUCCUAUGAGAUCAUCGACAAAUGAACCAACAACAGCUAAGUUAGAACAUUACUACUCAACAUUGUCUGUCAAGCAGUUAAGGAAAUUGGCGGAAAUGUAUCGAUUAGAUUUAAGGAUAUUUGAUUAUUCUCUAGAAGAAGUGUUAGGGUUCUCUGUAGUUUGAUACUACAUGGAGAUCCAUCAGGAUAUUUUUAUAACAUGGUCAUGCAAAAAUUGAAGACACAGUUCAACAGAAACUACCAUAAAGUACUAUAGUUUGAAACUAAAUAGGAACCUGAAUGUAACAAUAUUAAUUCUGUGAUUUAUCAGAUUAAGUAUAAUUUAUUAUUCAAGUCAUACCAUUGAUUAACAAUAUUCACUUAAUUGUAAAAUACAAUGAUUCUUAAGCAGUGAUAGUUACCAUUAAUAUCAGUAAAAAUCAAGGUUUAUGUUAUUCCAUUAAAUGUAAUAUUGUGAUGUAAUUAGCUUAUAAGUCAUUCAAUCAAAUUGUAUAUUGUUGCAAAUAAUGCCAUAAUAUGUUGUACCUUAUUUGUAUCAAGUUAUUAUAAAUUUGACGAACUGUACUUCAGUCAGUACUUCUGUAAAAUAUUCCUAUGAAAAAGGUCAAGGAAUUCAAUAGAAACUAAUACAAACGUAUGAUAUUAAAUUAUUAUUAUAACAAUAAUCAAAUUUAAUCAAUCAUAAAUGUAACAAAUUUUUAAUAUUUGAUUACAACAAUGAGUAUAUUUUACGAACUAUUUAAUUAAUAAAAGAUAUUUUUUCUACAUCUUAUAAUUGCGAAUAAAUUAUUUACAUGUUUUUAAAUUAAAUAGUAGUCUUUAAGUUUCUAUCAAAUUUGCGUUUUAGGGAUGGA